AUGACCAAGUCGCGACUUCUCCAAAUUUCCCAGCCAAAAGAUCAGCCUCGUGCCCCAACCAAGAUUUACAAGGACUGCAGGGAUCGUAUCUUGGAGCUUCGGUCAAAGCCCAUCCCUAUUCCUGUAGACCUUGACAACCCACGAGUUGCUCACCUUAGCCCCCUACCGAAGCCCACCCGUUUACCCACCAAAGAGGGGGUUGGGGACUCGGACGGUUGGGAACCUUAUCAUCUUAAGGACUGA